GUCGCUUCUGGGGGCCGGUGAACCGCCGGCGGAGGCCACCUCAUCAGAAUUUUUCCCUUGUGACUGACUGAAUCCUUUGACCGAAAGGAAGGCUUGCCGACCGUGUUGACCAGGAUGCUGAUUGCUGAAUGACAAGGCAUGCCGUGAAGUUACAUCCGAGAAUCUGGCCUGUCGUUGAAUUCCGUGCGCAUACGGAGCCGAAUAUUGUGGUCAGAAACAGCUUCUAUUCCGUUCAUCUUCCCAUAUGCCCUGUUGAUGCAGCCUGUUUGCCCAGACAGAUCGGCGGUGACACACGCGAUUUUACUCCCCACAACCAAGGCUUAAUCGUGUCCACUAGGCACUCUCCCCUCGUGACCCCCAAAGAUGCCAUGGAAUUUCCCCAGGUCCGCCAAGCGGCUUCCCCGGGUGGGUGCCAGAAUUCCUUUCGGACGUUGACCGAAAUCAUCCCCAGGUCAGACUUGUGCGACCCAGAUGCACGAGGUGGAUGUCCACUAGGAUCCCUGGCCACUACUCUGUUGUUUCUUGUCCGACCGACCGAAAACUUACCUAGCGCCUCCUUCCUGGCUCGUCAUGACGAUAUCAUCGAAAUUAACGAGAAUCCCCAUGCGGGGUUGCCGGUUACAAAGAGCUUCCCCCAGGUGAGGUCUGGAGGAAGGACCCGUUAUGUCCCGCAUGGUGCCAAAUGACGAGAACAACUUUUUGACUUUCUUUUGUGCGGCGCACCCGGCUGGGCCAAUAAGUCAAGCGCUAAUAAGCUCCCCCAUGGCGAGCGUGUUUCUCUCCAGAAUAUGCACCCCAAGCUCUCUUGGCGACGCCGGUUCUUGGCCGUCCUCGGAUCGGUUUAGGUUGUACGGGAUGGAACCAUGGUGGCAAGCAUCAAACCAUCGGGCAGGAGUUCCUAUUGAUAAUGCCGAGGAAAUAGGAUUCAUGUUGAGCUGAAUCCCAGGGAGGGUGAGCAUUCCACCCCACGCCCCAGUCCCCCGCAUCGUAUGUGGCCCGUGGUGCGUGUGCUCAAUCUCUCUGGGCUGUGUUGGAAAGGAACUAGAAGAGAGACAGGCUUUUUGCUGCCGCUUAGCCUACUGCUGCAUGCAUGAGCUGCACAUAUUUAACUGAGGGUUACAUCCUCUUGGAAUUUUUUGAUCUGAACUGUGUCCCUCCUCGCCGUGUCCUUGCCCUUCCUCCUCCUCUGUCCCCUCCCUCUCCUCUCACCUACUUCUCUUUCCCUUUUUCUCACCUUUCUCUUCUCUCCCUCUUGUCAUUCCUCCUCUAUUACUCCUACAUUUGCAGUACCCAUAAGAGAAGUCAGGCAUUCACCGGCACCAUGGCAGGUGGUCCCAAGAAACCCCUCAACGUUUUUCGCAUGAAAAACUUGGGGGACCCUAAACAAGUUUACAACUGGCGGCUAUGGUUUGCCGUCGUCUCCUUCGGUCUCAUGGGUGCCGCUCGCGGUGUCGAUGAGGGAUUGAUCUCAGGUGCUUUCAACUCCAAGGACUUCCAGCGGACCAUUCACUUCGACUCCUACAGCGAAGUGGAGCAGACCAACAUCAAGGCCAAUGUGUCGGCUAUGGUCCAGAUUGGAUCUGUCGGUGGUGCUCUUUUUGCUUUCUUGGUUUGCGAUCGAAUUGGCCGUAUCUGGGCUACUCGUCAGCUCUGUGUUCUGUGGAUUCUAGGCAUGGCUAUCUUCAUGGGAGCCAAUGGCAACCUUGGCGCGAUCUAUGCCGGUCGUUUCGUGGCCGGUCUCGGUGUCGGACAGACGGUGGUCGUUGGGCCUGUGUAUCUUGCUGAGAUCGCGCCGGCGUCCAUCCGAGGUCUUUGCACAUGUAUCUUCACAGGUUUCGUCUACCUGGGUAUAGUGCUCGCCUACUUCACCAACUAUGGUUGCCAGAUCAAUCUGGGAGACAACACUCACAACCGAUGGUUGGUACCCACUAGUCUGCACAUCAUCUUCGCCGGUCUUAUCUUCUGCCUGUCUUUCCUCCAGUACGAGUCUCCUCGUUUCCUGGUGAAGAAGAACAAUUAUGACAAGGCGCUGGAGAACUUGGCGCGCAUCCGUCAUCUUCCCCCUGAUCACGAAUAUGUGGUGGAGGAGAUCACCUCCAUCCGUAACUCCCACGAGACCGAGAUGGAGGCCACUCGCGGAGCCGGUCCCAUUGGCGUUAUCAAGGAAGCGUUCUUGGAGCCCAAGAACCUGUUCCGCUUGUAUAUCGCGUGCGGAGCCCAGCUCCUGUCACAGUGGUCCGGUGCCGGGUCCAUCACCUUGUAUGCACCCGAUCUUUUUAAGAUCCUGGGUAUUCAGGGGGAGAACGAGUCGCUGCUGGUUACCGGUGUCUUUGGUAUCGUCAAGCUGGUGUCGGCCGUCGUGUGUGCCUUGUUCCUGGUCGACGUGAUCGGUCGCAAGCGGGCUCUGUUGUUGGGGAUUACGCUGCAAGCCAUCUCAAUGAUCUACAUUGCCGGCUUCCUCACCAGCGCGCCGCAGAUGGGCGUUGACGACAGUUUCGUGCUUCCCGAGAAGGACAAGCCUGCCAGCCGCGGCGCCAUCGCCAUGAUGUACAUCUCGGGUGUGGGCUGGGCGCUGGGUUGGAACUCGAUGCAGUACCUGCUGACGGCCGAGCUGUUCCCGCUGCGCAUCCGUGCCCUGGCCACCUCGCUGGCCAUGACGCUGCACUUUGUCAACCAGUACGGCAAUUCGCGCGCGGUGCCCAACAUGCUGUUGAGCCAGGCGGACGGCGGCCUCAGCCCGUACGGCACAUUCUGGUUCUUCGCGGCGGUGACGAUCUUUGGCGGAUUCUGGGUGUUCGUGACGGUGCCCGAAACGGCCGGUCGCAGCCUGGAGAGCAUGGACCGACUGUUCGAGCUGCCGUGGUACAAGAUCGGACUGUUUGGCAACCGCGACGCCGCCCAGCGCGACCUCAUCGUGUCGGACAAGGUGGAGAUGGUCGACGGAACGCGCGAGGAGCAGGUCGAGCGCACCGAGCGCAUCGAUCACUCUCGCGUGUAACUUUCCUCAUGAAUUGGUUUCGUUCUGUUCUGUUUCCCCGGAGGAUCAGGAUCCAUUAGUUGAUGAUAUGAAAUGAAUGACACCUACUAUUGUUAUCUCUGCC